CCGAGAGACCAGUCGCCCAUGCGCUCUUAGCAACGCAUUCAAGAAGACGAGAGGGAACGACGUGAGAGAGAGAGAGAGGCGAGAUGAGAGAGAGAGAGCUAAACAGCAUCACACUCCGAGACGGCAAAACGCACAACUCUGUCGCAUCGGGCAUGAGCACUUCCAAGACGAGAGCCGACGGUGCUGCGUGACGCUUAGGGGAUAAGCGACGCUUCUUGAACGUCAUCAUUAUCAUCAUCAUCAGCAGCAGCAUCGUCAGUCGCAUCUUCAGCAGCAGCAGCAGCAGCAUCUUCUUCAGACGGCUGCGCGUAUUUUGCUCUGCGGUGAGCGAGCACAUUUUAUUCGAAUCGCUUGGAGCAGUAGUAUCUCUGUGUGUGUGCGCGCGCGCGUGCUCGAUAUCACGUUGAAUGGUGAUUGUUGGAAUUAUUAACAUUAUAUAUUUUUUGAAGUGCGAGUCGUGAUCGGAGCGAGGAGGAGGAAGUGAGAGAGAGAGGCGCUCAUAUAUCCCCACGGGAUUACGCGCGCACGCAAGCUGCGACCGCGAUGCGCUGAGCAUAGACCCUGCUCGCAAGAGAGACCCGGCGACCGACGACGCUCUUGGAGCGAUGUUCUAACGGGGCAUUCUGUCAAGGAACGUUGUAGAUGUUCCUUCGCUACACUUGCGGACGGAGAGAACGGCGGGGGCUUGUGGUGACGAGGCCGGUCUAACUUCACGCGCUUUGACAAGAACAUGGCGAGACAAUAAGGGGCGACCCGAGUUUAGAAGGCGGGCGUGUAAAUGCGAAGACGAACACCAGCAUGGAGAAAAAUAAGUAACAAGUCACAGACAACAUCGAAAACUUUCCUCGCAGCCACCCCAGCAGCAGCAGCAACCUGGUCGGGGUUCUAGGGGCACUGUCGCCGAACAGAUACCAUGCACAGGGACACGUAACUUUGCUGUGCGCAGAGCGGCUUCAAGACGGGAGGCUGGUGCUUCGCGUUUGCUAUUCUUGUGAUAAUAAAAGGAGAGGCGGUUUGUGUGUCAGUGGAGGGGGUGGGGGGCCCUGUUUUGCUGCACCUUGCGGAGGGAUGAUGCUCAGGCUCUACCCGGAGCUCGCUUGCGAGGGCCCCACGGACGAAGCUGAUUGCCCGCAGCCAGCGGAGGGGCACUCCAACGGAGGGAUGGGGGCCCCUCCGGCGUGCCACGCUCCGGGCUCCUACCAGCAACGGCUGCAAGCGUUGCGCAAGGAGAAGUCGCGCGACGCGGCGCGGUCGCGACGCGGCAAGGAGAACUUUGAGUUCUACGAGCUGGCCAAGCUGCUGCCGCUGCCAGGCGCCAUCACGAGCCAGCUGGACAAAGCCUCCAUCGUGCGCCUCUCCAUCAGCUAUCUUCGCAUGCGAGACUUCGCCGGGCUUGGCGACCCUCCCUGGCUCGACGCCUGCGAAUCCCCGCCGCCCAACACUUCGGUCAAAGCAAUUGGCCAGAGGCCUCAAAGAGCCAUCCCAUCAGCGAUAGAAGCCUUUGAGAAGCAUCUGGGAAGUCAGAUACUACAGGCACUUGAUGGAUUUGUGUUGGUUCUCAACCAAGAAGGAAGAUUCCUGUACAUCUCAGAAACCGUCUCUAUAUACCUGGGCCUUUCGCAGGUGGAACUGACGGGGAGCAGCGCGUUCGAGUAUGUCCACCCCGCCGACCACGCCGAGCUCGCCGAGCAGCUCGGCCUGCGGCUCCCCGGGGCGGCGGCGUCCCGCGGCGCGGCCCCGACGCGGCGCCGCCGGCCCGGGGCCCUCCUCGCGCUCUCCGACUCGGAGGCCCCGGCCCCAAAGGCCGCCACCGCCGGGAGGAGAGGAGGCCGGAGGAGGAGGAGGAGGGCGACGAGGGGCCGCCCCGGGAGCCGCCACCGCCGCUCGGCAAGGGAGAGGGUCAAGGCCGACUCGGCGGAGGAGGAGGAGGAGGUGGAGGAAGACGACGACGACGACGACUGCGGCGACGACGCGAGCCUCGUCGAUUCUCCGCCGCCGUCUCCGCCGGAAACUCCCGACACAGGCAAGCUUGAUUCUCCGGCCUCGCCGUCGUCCCUCGCCGCCGCCGCCGCCUCCGCCUCCGAUUGCGUCCUGGAGCGAUCCUUCUUCAUCCGAAUGAAAUCGACGCUCACCAAACGAGGCGUGCACAUCAAAUCCUCCGGCUACAAGGUCAUCCACCUGGCCGCCCGGCUGCGGCGACGCAGCAGCAGCAGCGGCGGCGGUGGUGGCGGCGGGCAGGCGCCAGCCUCCCCCGCGUCCCCGUGCCCGUCACCGCCGGUCGAGCACCCCUUGCUGGGCCUGGUGGCCGUGGCACACGCGCUGCCGCCUCCCACGCUCAGCGAGGUGCGCAUCGACUGCCACAUGUUCGUCACCAAGCUCAACCUCGAGCUGCGCGUCUCCUACUGCGAGAGCAGGAUAAGCGACUACAUGGACCAAACAGCCAGCGACAUUGUGGGCAAGAGUUGCUACCACCUGAUCCACACGGAGGAUGUGGCGGCACUGCGGCUCAGCCACUUGGAUCUGAUAAACAAGGGACAGUGCAUCACCAACUACUACCGAUGGCUGCAGAAGUGCGGUGGCUACAUCUGGGUGCAGUCCACCGCGACCAUCACCAUCAACAGCAAGAACGCGGACGAGAAGACGGUCGUGUCGGUGAAUUACGUGCUCAGCAACCUGGAGAUGAAAGGGUGCAUUUUGGAUCUUCAGCAGAUGCCCAGCCUUGCUGAACAGACCACGGAAAUAUCAACCUCUGACUCAGAGACAGAGGCAAAAGAAGAGAACAACGAGCCGUUGAGAUGCGUGGAUGGCCGCCUCGGGAUCAUCGAAAACAGCGUCAUCAUGGAGCCCAUUCGGAAAGCCACGACGAUAUCACGGACGGACCCAGGCCAUACCCACUCGAUACAGCAACAGCAGCAGCCACCUGCCCGCAUUUGCCAAAGCUCACGUGAAGACAAUAUGAAAAACGACAGCAGCUCGGACAACCUUGACGAUGACGAUGAUGAAGAUGACGACGACGACGAUGACGACGACGACGAUGAAGACUCGGACGCCCAGUCUGACAGCUCCGAUCUGUACGAGGGGCCAAAGGUCACGGAGCAACCCAGAAGGACUGUCCUGUCCCGAGGCGUCAAAACCCAGCGGCAACGGAGGCUGAGAAAUUCCGAUCGGCACACGGAGGCAAAGGCUACGGAGGGCCAAUCGAUGUCAUCGGACAGCGACCGGGACUCGAUUGAUGGCUGCGACAGGCUGGAGGUGUCAAAGAGCAGGAUGCAAACCUCCAGCCGACUCAGGAAACGACGGAAGCGAUCCCUGAGGGACAGGAGCAUCGUAGGCCCUAGGAAGUGGACGCUGGACGUCUCGCGGGCGGAUAAAGUCGAGUCGCCGCUGCCCGCCGCCGUGCACUUGGUGACGCCGUCGCUGGACUUCGAAAGGCUGCCGAAGUUCAGGCUGGAGGUGUCCCCGCGCUCGGCCGACGGGAUCGCCCCAUCCUGGGCGUGCCUGCCCAACCGCGAGAUCCUCCGCGGCGACUCCGACUUCAGCAUGGUGGCCGAGCAGCUCAACUCGUCGAGCGUCCACUCGAGCCAGACGGCGCACAUCCUCAACGAGGACAUCCCCGAGAGCGUGCUCGCGUCGCCGGAAACCGACGAGGUCGCCGACGAGAAAGAGGAAGGGGGGCAGCAGCGGCCGCAAUCGGUCAACGACGCCUCUCCCGGCUCCCCGUCGGCGACCGGCAGCACCGCGGCGUCCCGGCACCGGCAGCCGUCGCCCCCUCUGCCCCUCUCGCCGCCCGUGGCGAGCGUCGCCUCCCUGCUGUACACGGCGGGCGAGCUGGAGCUGCUGCAGAGGCUCCAGCAGCAGGCCGGACUCGUGCUGCCGCUGGCCGCGGCCGCCGCCGCCGCGUCGGCCUCCGCGCAGCCGCGCGUCUACACGACGGGCACGAUCCGCUACGCGCCGGGCGGCGACGCGCCGGCGGCGGGAGUCGGCGGCGCCGCACAGGCUCCCGGCUCCGAUGCCGGCGCGGCCGCCGGGCCGCACGCCCUGCGGCCGGCGCCGCCGUUCAACCUCAUCGAGCUGAACAGCGCCGCGCUCCGGCUCGACCCCAAGGCGUCGGCCGACGUCAUUUACCAGCACGUGCAGAGGAUGGGCGCCGCGGCCGCCGCCGCCGCGGCCGCCGCGGCGGCCGCGGCGCAAGCGGGCGGGGUGCUGUCGGCCGACCAGCUGCCGCUCGGAGCGGCUACGACGGCGGCCGCGGCGGGCGGGGUCAUCACCACGGCGGAGGGCCUCUUCUCCGGCCUAGCGUUCCCAGUUUACACCAUCAGCCUGCAGCCGGCGCAGGCCGAGCGCAAAGACGAAUGAUGAUGCGGUGCGAGCGUGGAUGGCGGCGUCCGUGCGGCGCGCGUGCGGUGUGUGCGUGCGCGUGUGUGUGUGGGUAUGUGUGUAAAAGGCAAAGAUCGGUGAUAUCAGAAGCUGUCCGGGACCUCCCGUUACGUUCGACUCGGCCUUUAAUGAGUAGCCGGCGCAGUGUGUAAAACGUCGGCGCCAGGGAGACAAAGGUGGCCGCCCCCUUGCACACCGUGCUCGCACUUUCCCCAACUGUGUUAAAGGCCGCACAGGGGAUCUUUGUCUUUGUGCGCCUGUGCCUGCGUGUGUGCGCACGCGUGUGUAUUAGCGUACGUCUGCUUAGGCGUGUGCGCGUGUCUGCAUGUGUGCAUAUGUAUUCUGUUCGUCUGCGUGCAUGCGUUGCGUCCGUGCGUCCGUGCGCGAUGCAGGCGGGCGCGCCGCUGUCUCUGCGGAGAGACGCGCUGCGCCACGCGGUUCACAGACGGCCUGCGGGGAUGCACGAGGCAAGCGCGCUUCAGUUUUACCGGUGCCGAAUGCUUUUAUUUUUUUAAACAUGUUUAUGCAUUCAACCGUUCCGUCCAUAUCACGCCGUAUGUACGUGUGCCAACGCUUCACGAGGGACCACGAGGAUGGCUAGCAUGAGCCAGCAAUUACGAAAACGUGCCAAAAUGUUUUGUUUUCUAGCUUUGUCUUUUUUUAAAAUAUUGGAAACAGCGAGUGCAGUGCAAUGGGAGACACCCCCUGCGCGUAGCCAAAGUGAGUGCUACUUAUCACGUGACGAACGACCGAAGCGCUAGGACAAUAUCAGCGCCCCCCUGAAUCUGGCUCGUGUCACCAUAUAGCCCCCAAAAUAAUAAUUGCUACAAGCUAAGAUAUUAUUUGUCUGGCUAAAUUCAUUGAGGCGAGGUGUGUCGCGGUUAGCGGCCACAUUCAUCUACCGCGACGGUUUCUUUUUGGCGAGAUUUCCUUGCGAAUAACAAUUGAACUUAAACUUAUACGCGCGCAUUACAUUCGAAAUAUAUAUUUAUUUUUAAAGGUGCUAUUACCAUUGUGGGUCUAGUGCCAUGUAAAGUAUUGGUAAAAAAGAAACAGCACUUUGAUAAAUAACAAAAAACGUGUAAUUAAUAUAUAAUGAAAAAAUAGGGUGCUUGAAAGUGUUCUAAUUUAUUAGGAGAAACAAAAAACACAACCGCCAGAAAUUUCCAGUCACUCGGGGGAAUUAUUUGCAGGAUAUGGUGAGUGUGCCAAGAUAGUGUGCAUUAUUACCCUGCUACUUUAAGCUUGCUCAAAGGAAUUAAUUUAUUUGCUAAAUUGUUUUUGAGUAACGAAACACACAAGUGCACAACUGCACUUUUUUUUCAAAUCAAGCUGUUAGAUUUAGUAUAAACGGGUGUUUGCUUGAAAGUAUUUUCCGUUUCGCUAUCUCAGUUCGUUCGUUGACUUAAAAUAAUUUUGUACUGGCGAGAAUGAGUUUUGACAGAGGGGAAAACUGACUAACCAUCGUUGAAGUGCAUGUUACACAUUUUUUUUAUCAAUUGGAAAACGUCAGCAUGCAUUCAAGGAUAGUAACGCAAAAAAAAAAACUAUUCAACUUGACUGACAAUGUUGGUUGCUACAAAGCUGUAAAAAAAAGAAGGGAAAAAAACUAAAAAUAUCAAACUGUGAAACUUGUCUUACGAGAAAUGUAAGCAAGGAUUUGUGAAAAUGUACAAAUAUUGCUGUUGGUCCAUUUGCUAUAUUGCCUGUCAAAAGAAAAACUGUCGCAACUAGUGAUUUGAUGAGCUCCAGUGCUGUUGCGUAUGCUUCAUUCAAUCGGGGACCUCAAUGAGAUUGAGAGAUUCUCUCACAUUUUUGUCUUAUUUGUUCUCUAGGUAUAAAUAUCUGUCACGUGUGCCAUGAAUAUCAGUUAAACUGAGGCCAUCUAAUGCAAAUGUGCGCAGUACAGUGGAUUAAAUUAUAUUUUUUAGGAUUGUAGAUUUUCGUCUUUUCGUUUCUUGCUUGAGUUUUUUUUUAAGUAGUUAUUUCGGGCGUGGGGGAGGGUGGAUUUUUUUGUAAAGAAAAUUUAUUGUGUAAUUGUAACUUUCUAAAGCGCGUUACAAGCUGUUACAAAAAAAAAUCAGGAUAUAUCGUUAAGGCCUCUGUGUUCCUACACCAGACGGUACGUCUGAUGACGUAUAUCCACUUGAUUCAAGUGCCAGAAAUCUUAGAGUUGCAUGAUAUUUUUUUGAUCUAUGACAUUAUUAAAUAUCUCACGAUGUUCUCAACAGUCUUUUUCUACGGUUUGGUUCGAACUUCAAACGCAUCGUUCCUUUCUUGGGUUCACACACACACGAGCGAGAAGAUCCGCACGUGCCGGUCGAUGUCAUCGCACUUACAUGGCACUUGCACCUACAUUCACAACGACUGCUUUUUACCAUUUGUGGUGGAUCCUGUUGAUCGUGGUUGGGCCCAUCGUUGACCGACGAAACUUGUCUGUCUGUCUCUCUCUUUUCUUUUCUGAA